GUUCUUUUUUAGCUUUAGAGUGAAAAAAUAAAGAAUCUAAAAAUAUCUAAAACACCACUUGAGCCAACAGUACGCAGUGUGCAUAUUGACGAACAGCGCUUAUCAAAUGAAGUCUGCUGCGGUAUUCUUGUUAAUAUUUGUUUUAAUCAAUAUUGUUUACUCCAAUGAGUUGAGUCAAUACCAAGAUGACCAUCCUUCUAGUGGCGAACCCAGCAAAUUGAAUUUAGCGAACAAAACGUUAGAGCCGGAAGAAAACUGGUUCGAGCAAAAACUUGAUCACUUUAACACCAUUAACGAGUAUAUAAUAUGGAAACAGAGAUACUUCAUGAAUGAUAAGUUUUAUCGGCAUAACAGCGAUGCACCAAUUUUUCUCACUAUUGGCGGGGAACUGGCAAUAUCCUCGCGUUGGGUGACAAUGGGUGCUUGGAUCGAAUUUGCCGAACAUUUUGGUGCGCUGUGUUUUCACUUAGAGCAUCGAUUCUAUGGAAAAAGCCAGCCGAGAAGCGAUCUUUCUUACGAAAAUCUUAAAUAUCUCUCAUCGAAACAAGCUCUCGCCGACGUUGCUAAUUUCAUUGAAAGUAUGAACCAGAAAUAUUCCUUAAGCUGUAAACAGAAAUGGAUUGUCUUCGGUGGUUCCUACCCUGGCGCUUUAGCUGCGUGGGCACGUGAGAAGUAUUCCCACUUAAUACAUGGCGCGAUCAGCUCAAGUGCACCGAUUUUGGCUAAUUUUUUUUUUUUUUUUUUGAUUAGAGAAUAUUUGUGUUUAGAAUACUUUCAAGUAGUUAAAGCUUCAUUGGCAACGCACUCGGCACAGUGCGUGGAAGCGUUUGGGAGAGCUUUUGCUGUGAUAGAAACUCUGCUACGGCAUGAGAUUGGUCGGAGAGAUUUGAAUGAGAAAUUUAACACUUGUACACCGAUUGAGGACUCGAUUGCUAACCACUUGGAUAUUUCGAAUUUCUUUCGAAAAUUGGCCGAUAAUAUUGCAGGUGUGAUACAAUUUAAUAACAUUAAACGUCCUGAUGCCAAUUAUACCAUCGACGAGGUUUGCAAUGUUAUGGUCAAUACAACAAUUGGCCCACCAGUUGAUCGUUUGGGUGUGGUAAGUGGCAUACUUUUGGAGAAGGCAAAGGAAAAGUGUCUGGAUUAUAAGUACGAGAAAAUGUUAAGUGAAAUGAAGAAUAUUUCCUGGCAGUCGAAAGUAGCUAACGGUACACGACAGUGGACCUAUCAGACAUGCAACGAAUUUGGCUUCUAUCAAACAUCGAAUAAUCGGAGUGACACAUUUGGCGAUCGAUUCAAAGUGGACUUUUUCAUUAAACAGUGCAUGGAUAUCUACUCGGAGAGUAUGAAUGCCACGUACUUGGAACGUGUGGUGGCAGAAACCAAUAGACAAUUUGGUGGCCUCAAUCCCAAUACAACAAAUGUGCUUUACGUACAUGGCUCGAUUGAUCCAUGGCAUGCGCCCGGUUUGACCUCAACUAAUAAACCGGAAUUGCCGACUAUUUUUAUUGAAAGCACCGCACAUUGUGCCGACAUGUAUUCAUCGGCUGAAACCGAUCCACCACAACUCACCGAGGCGCGUAAUAAAAUCUUUAAAUAUCUGGAGCAGUUGUUGGUGAAAACGAGAAGACAGAUAUUAAUGAUGUUUUUCGAAGAGAGUAGAGAGCAAUUCCGUCGAUUAGGUUAAUGUUUCCCACUGUCAAAUCACUAGAGAGCUGUUCUUAGCGUUUAUUAUUUUUAAAUUUAAAUUUUUUAAUAAAUAUUAUUUUUUA